AUGAGGCAGAAGGAAGUGUUAACCAAGACUUUCCAAGGCCCAGCCAUGGUCUGUAGGACUCCGACCAGCCACAUUUACAUGUUUGAGAAUGGUGUUGGGGACUCCGGGGACUCCUCUGAGGAAGAGUCCCACCAAGUAGCUCUGCGGCCCCGGGGCAAGGAGCGCCAGAAGAAGGGUGCCCACCACCCUCACCAGCCAGGAGCAGGGGACGUGGUGCUGCUGCAGCGGGAGCUGGCCCAGGAGGACAGCCUCAACAAGCUCGCUCUUCAGUAUGGCUGCAAAGUUGCAGAUAUCAAGAAAGUCAACAGCUUCAUCAGAGAACAAGACUUAUAUGCUUUGAAAUCUGUUAAGAUUCCAGUGAAAAACCACGGGAUCCUAACAGAGACCCACAAAGAACUCAGACCCCUCCUGAGCUCAUCUACAGAGACCAGAGUGACCUUCGAGGAGCAGCCAGACCAAGACAGAGCAGCUGUCAGUGCCGGUGCCUCGUCUAACCCACUGACGGAUUUCUUUAAGGGCAUUGACCAGAAUAUUGAGCAUGCAGUGCAGUCAGAAAUCUUUUUGAGUGAAAGUUGCUGCAUAGAGACCUCCAGUCAGCCAUUGCUUCCGACUCCUCCGAAGAUACCUACAAACGGUGCAGACUGUGGAAUUCAGAGGUGGAAUGCUGUUUUUAUCAUGCUUCUGAUUGGAAUUGUUUUACCAGUGUUUUAUUUAGUCUAUUUUAAAAUACAAACUACUAGUGAGAUCCCUAGUAUCUUGAAUACAACUGCUGUCCCUAAUGGCUCGAUGGCAGUGAGUGCAGUUCUAGGGCAAUCCCCCACAUUAGCGAUUCCAUUGCCAGCCAUCCCCUCUUCAGACAGCCAGUUCAGUCAGACCACCCACGGGAAGAACUAG